AUGGACCCCAUUACGUGGGUCCCCCUAAUUGUCGGCGCGGCCGUCAAAGGCCCUGAGAUCAUCCGGUUUGGCCGCGAAAUCAUCAACACCAAAAAGUCGCUCGACGAGGUCAGGCUGUACCAACGCCGCUGCGACACCUACCUCCGCGAAGUCAAGGCCGAGAAUGACGAGCUGCGGCGCGAGGGGCGCAUCCCGCCGGCACUGCGCAACGAGACGCGGAACCUGAUCCGGUACUGCCGGGGCAUGGUCAACGGCGUAGCGCAGUACCACGACGACUACGUUCACAAGCUAUCCAUCCGGCUGCUGCACGUCUUUGCCAUGCCUGUGCGCAACCAGUCGCGCUACUACAGUCACCGCCUCGACGAGUGCAGGACCUGGCUCGCCAUCGCCGUCGCCGCCAACUUUCUGCACGCCAACUUCGACGCCGCUUACGCAGGGGACCACUACGCCCUGGCCGAGUGCCGUAACCGUGCCCAGGCCCUGCGUGACGCCUUCGACCAGGCCAGGCAGUACCAGCUGAGAUACCCCCGCCGCGCGAGACACAUGAUGGCUGAGGUGGAUCUGGGCGUCUUUUGGCGAUUCGAGUAUCUCGGCAACCUUGAAUUGUUCGCCAAACCCCAGGCAUCGACGCUGUCCAUCGCCACAACUUUACCGAAUGGCCUGGCCUCCUCGAUAGAGGCGCUCGGUCGGGAAGGACAGCGGGCGAACAGCAGGAAUCGCGAUCUCGGCAUCAACAUAGUCGAUGCCCGCCCGCCCCCGACAGAGCACUGGCAUCGCGACUACGCGCUCGGCCGCCGGGAGGACGGAACGACAAGCCCACUGGUCGAAGUCCGCGACUUUUCAAUGGGACCACCGAGCGCAGUGCCUCUGCCCCUUCGAGUCGACCGAGGCAAGCAAGCAGCGCCGCUACGGCGCGGCUCGCAUCCUAGGCCCCCCGACUCUGGCUACAGCUCCAUGCAAACUUCGCCGCAGAUGCAGUACGGACAACCGGCCAGCGACCACGGCGACGUCGACACUCCCCACCCCGCCGUGCAGCACGCCAGCGAUCACCGUCACCAGACCGCCGCAAAGCUAGCGACGAUAACCACCGCAACAGAGAACGCGGUGCACCGCGGACUCGACGCCGACAUCGAGACGAGGACAGGGAUUUUGAUCCCCCAGCCCCUCGGCCCACCAGCAAGCGGCGGCGGGCGUCCUCGUUGCGCGCCCGUCCAGCCCGCCAAGUCGACCUUGAGCACAACAACUACCGCCGCCGCUCGCCGCCUGCACGCCCACGGCGGACGAACAGCAGGCGGCACCACGACCAUCACAAUCACGACUACGAACACGACGCCGGCCCCAGGCCCGACCACCCACAGCCCUCCAGCACCGCGCAGACCUGGCUCGGCUGGAUCUGUAGCGAAGAAUUCAGCGGCGCCCCCGCGGCCCGCCGGCGCAUCAAUAAAGAGCGCAUCAAUAAAGAGCGUGACUCUGCGCUUCCUCCUCGCCGGGAGGAUGGGCGGCGGCGGCGGCGGCAGGACAGGUCCGAAGAAGAGCGCGACUCUGCGCGUCCCUCUGCGCGUCCCUCUGCGCGUCCUCCUCGCCGGGAGGAUGGGCGGCGGCGGCGGCGGGACAGGCCUGAAGAAGAGCGCGGUGCUGCCCCCCGGCACGCGCUGUCGCCGCCCAAAGAGCCUCGCGCUACGAGGAUCCGAGGGCAUGAUUAUGAACGCAGGCGGUCGGGUUACCGCCUUUGGUGCUGCCGGGUUGUGA